GCGUGCGGGUGAGCGUGCAAGAGGAGGAAGACAGUUUGUACGUGUGUGUGCAAGGAGAGGAGGGCGGUGUGCACCUAUGUGCGUGUGCAAGGGGAGAGGGGGUGGUAUGCACACCAGUGUGCAAGGGGAGGAGUGUGAAAGCAUGCAAGGGAGAUGCAGUGCAUUUCUUUGGUGGCUGCACCGCAGCAUGUGCCCCGGGACACAGAGUCUGGCUGACCUGCCCCUGGGGGAGCGGGCAGUGGGGCAGGCAGGUGCUGGUCAGGGCGCAGCAUGGCGUCUCCUGUUCCUCUGCUACAGCGGCGCGAUGGAGGUCAGCCACUCUGUCAAGGAGCGCACCAUUGCCGAGAACAGUCUGGUCAUCCUUCUGCAGGGCCUGCACGGCCAUGUCACCACUGUGGACCUCCGUGAUGAGAGCACAGCCACUGGGCGCAUCACCAACGUGGACGCCUUCAUGAACGUGCGCCUGUCUGAGGUGACCUUCACAGACAGGCAGGGCACAGUGUCCCACCUGGAUGAGCUCUUUAUAACCGGCAGGAACGUCCGCUAUGUUCACAUCCCCGACGAGGUGGACAUCAGGGCCACCAUCGAGCGUCAGCUGCAGGCAAUCCACAGGAUCCGCUAUUUUGGAGGCCGUGACAAGGGCAGGAAGGAGUUCCCUCGAGCGAGGCACAAGUGAUCCUUCCUGGUGCUGCCGUAUCUCCAGCUCCAGCACGGACCCUGGCGCCACGUGCACGGGAAGGCAAGGACAGAGUCCUCGGCCUUUCGACCAUCCAGCCUUCUCCAAGGUGGUGCCUCCUGUCUCCUGAGACGUUGGAAAACCUAGUUUGGAAGAAG